CCGACUGGGAGCGACCUUGGCUGACCGAGCGGCUCCAUCCUCUGCUCCCAGGAUGAGUGCCCCAAGCAGUGAUGCGGGCAACCCAGCGCACGCUCUCUUCGAGCGGUUCCUGCGCGCCGGGCAGUGCCAGGAGGUGCUGGGCACGUUCGGGGAGCUGCGUGGGCACCUGGGGCUGCAGGGCGCCACGGGGCUCCAGCUCUACCGGGAGCUCAAGGCCGCCCUCAACUCGUGGAGCGCCAAGGCGCUGUGGAACAAGCUGGACAAGAAGGCCGCCCACGGGGACUACGAACAGGGCACAGCCUGUGCCAGCACCAAGUGCCUGGUGGUGGGGGCUGGUCCGUGCGGGCUGCGCACGGCCAUUGAGCUGGCGCUGCUGGGCGCCCGCGUGGUGCUGCUCGAGAAGAGGGGCUCCUUCUCCCGCAACAAUGUCCUGCACCUCUGGCCCUUCACCAUCCACGAUCUGCGUGCGCUGGGUGCCAAGAAGUUCUAUGGGCGCUUCUGCACCGGGACCCUGGACCACAUCAGUAUCCGGCAGCUCCAGCUGAUCCUGCUGAAGGUGGCCCUGCUCCUGGGGGUGGAGGUUCACAUCAAUGUGCAGUUCAAGGGCGUCCUGCCCCCGGUCGGCAAGGGCGGGGGCUGGCGGGCCGCGCUGCAGCCCAGCUCCACGCUUGGCCGCUACUCCUUCGACGUGCUCCUCUCCGCCGGCGGCGGCAAGUUUGUCCCCGAAGGCUUCGUGCGCAAGGAGAUGCGCGGCAAACUCGCCAUCGGCAUCACCGCCAACUUCGUGAACCGGCACAGUCAGGCCGAGGUGGAGGUGGCCGAGAUCAGCGGCGUCGCCCGCAUCUACAACCAGAGCUUCUUCCAGAACCUCUACAACAAGACGGGUAUCGACUUGGAAAACAUCGUCUACUACAAGGACGACACUCACUACUUCGUUAUGACAGCCAAGAAGCAGAGCCUGCUCAAGAUGGGUGUCAUACUCCAGGACAAGCCGGACACGGAGAGCCUCCUGGCGCCGAACAACGUCAACCAGGAAGCCCUCCUGAGCUACGCCAAGGAAGCGGCCAACUUCUCCACCAACUACUGCCUGCCGCAGCUGGAGUUCGCCCGCAACCACCGGGACGAGCCGGACGUCGACAUGUUCGACUUCACCUGCAUGAUGCGCUCGGAGAACGCGGCGCUGGUGCGGGAGCAGCACGGCAGCCGCCUGCUCCUCGGGCUGGUGGGCGACUGCUUGGUGGAGCCCUUCUGGCCUCUGGGCACCGGCGUGGCGCGGGGCUUCCUGGCCGCCCUGGACGCGGCGUGGAUGGUGCGGCGCUGGGCGGCCGGGGCGCCCCCGCUGCACGUCCUGGCCGAGAGGGAGAGCAUCUACCAGCUGCUCUCGCAGACGUCGCCCGACAACACCAGCAAGAACGUGAGCCAGUACAGCAUCGACCCGGCCACGCGCUACCCCAACCUCAACCUGGGCGCCAUCAAGCCCAGCCAGGUGCAGGAUCUCUACCUCUGUGGCAUGGUGGAUGUGGACCACAAGGGCAAGAGCACCGAGAGGCUCAGCACAGUGUCCGGAGACGCCUACGAGGAGCUGCUGAGCUGGUGCCAGGCCAGCACGGGUGGUGACGUGGAGGUGACCGACUUCACGUGCUCCUGGCGCAGCGGCCGCGCGCUCGGCGCCCUGCUCCAGCGCUUCCGCCCCGACCUCAUGGAUUUUGACUCCCUGGAUGCGCUGGAGCCCGUGCAAAGGCACCAGAAAUUGCUGGACGUGGCAGAGCAGGAGCUGGGCAUCCAGCCCGUGCUCUCCAGCGCUGAAAUGGCCUCCAUGGCGGAGUCCGACCGCCUGGGCCUCAUCACCUACCUCAGCCAGUUCUACGAGGCCUUCAAGCCCUCCCCAGAGGAUGUCGCCGUGAACUCAGUGCCAUCCCGCGGCACCAAGGGUGCCAUCCUCUUCCUCAGUAAGCUGCAGAAGAGCCGCAACCUGACGUUGAAGCGUGCCCAGGAUGGUGCCCAGAAGGAUGCCAAACCCAAGAGGAGCCGCCGGGAGGCAGAGACAGACCUGGGGCUCGGUGGAGAUGUCCAGGACGGUGUCUGCGAGCAGCCCCCAAUGGAUCCCAGCCAGGCGGCAGCGCGUGGCGAGAGCAGUGACGCCUGCUACUUCUGCGCCCGCCGUGUCUACAUCGUGGAGCGCGUCAGCGCCGAGGGCCGGUUCUUCCACCGCGGCUGCUUCAGGUGCCGGCGCUGCGGGGCCACCCUGCGCCUGGGCGACUACGCCUUCGACGCGGAGCACGGUCAUUUCUACUGCUUGCUCCAUGACCCCAAUCUCCACAGCAUGGACCUGCCGCAGGAUGAGGCCCCGCUGCUGCCCCAGCGGGACGUCCCCACUGGCCCCUCGUCUCCAGUCACAGGGAGUCCGUGUGUGAUCCCUGAGGAGGCAGCACCCGCUCAGCUCCCAGUGGUCCCAGUGCCACCACAGGCACCAGCACCAGAGUCUCUGCUGGAGUCACCACAGGAGUCACUCCCGGUGUCACCGCCAGAGUCACUGCCAGAGUCUCCACCGCCAGAGUCACUGCUGGAGUUGCUGCCAGAAUCUCCAACGUCGGAGUCACUGGUGGAGUCUCCAUCACCGGAGUCACUACCAGACUCACCAUCGGCAGAGCCCGACAGAGCAGAGGAGCCAGAGGCAGCGCCUGGAGCAAUGGAGGAGCAGGGCCCGGGUGCAGAGCCCCACGGAGAGGAUGAGGAGGGCAACGAGAGUGGCGGCAGGAGGAAGAUCAUGCUGACACCGCUGGAAAAGCUCAAGCUGUCCACGCUGAGCCUGACGGGCGACGCGGAGCCUCAGCCGCCACCAAAGCCGGCCAGGCUGAUGCUGAUGGCCCCAGGGAGACGCUCAGGCCACUGGGAGGAUGAGGAGGAGGAGGAGGAAGAUUUGGAGGAGAGCAGCAGUGAGGAGGAGGAAGAGGAAGAGGAAAGCUCGGACCUUGGCACUGAGCCUGUCCCGGUCCUGGAAGAGUCGGAAAGGCUGGCGACGUGGACGCGGCUGCUGCCGCGCCAGGCGCGCGAGGCKCAGAUGAAGCGGUUCUGCAAGGCGCAGGCCAUCCAGCGGCGCCUGGAGGAGAUCGAGGUGACCUUCGGAGAGCUGGAGCAGCAGGGCGUCAAGCUGGAGAAGCUCCUGCGGGAAGAAAGCGCCUCCCCGGCCGAGCUGAGGACGCAGUGGAUGAACGAGCUGCUCUACCUGGUGCAGAAGAAGAACAGCCUGGUGUCUGAGGAGUCYGACCUCAUGAUCACGGUGCAAGAGCUGAAGCUGGAGGAGCAGCAGAGCCGGCUGGACCAGCAGCUGCGGCGCUUCAUGAGCAAGGAGGAAGUGCAGAAGACGCCGGCAGAGCGAGCGGCGGAGCAGGAGACGCUGGCRCGGCUGCUGGAGGUCGUGAACCAGCGCAAUGCCCUCAUCCACGUGCAGGAGGAGAGGCGGCUCAGCGAGCUGCAGCACUGA